AUGGUCAAAGAGUUUAUUGACUACUCCCCUGUGAAAGGGAAAGCGUAUUUAGAGGGAGAACCUGAAAGGGAAGCGUUUGCCAACACAAAGAGUAUUGUAGUGAUGGAGAGAGGACCUUUUGAUUCUGUUGGGAUCUUCACUCGACAAAGCUUAAGAGAAGGAAGAAUAACACAAGAAGGAUACGACUUACUAAUGCAGAAGGUUAGAGAAAUGGAGUUACAAUAUGGCAUCCCGUCGUCUACUAAUUUACAUAUAGAACAGCGAGAUAUGGCUUUAAUGAGUGCUCAGAAUGUUUAUGACUCACUUAAAGCAUCUAUUUAUAAAACUGUUGAAAAUAAGGGAGACCUCCUUAUUUAUUUGUAUUCUUCAAAUCCACAGAAACAACUUCAGAAUAUAGAAAAGAGAGGAAGAGAAGGUGAAAAGAAUUAUAACGUCGAUUAUUUGCUGAAGAUCAAUCAAGCCUAUUCUGACCUCUUUGCUAACCGAAACUAA